AUGGGAAGUGGCCCCUUAAAGAUAUUAAACAUUGCGAUACUAUCAUUUGGAUUGAUAUUGUUGCUUGCAGAGGUGUUCAGCUUUGGAGACAAAGGAUACAUUGACUAUCAUACAUUCCGUUCGACCAUCCUUCCAUCUGGCACAAUAUUGAAGAUAAUGUUGACGCCCAACACGGCCUAUAUCUAUGCCAAGACACCCGAGGGCAUCAGACUGUACAAGAUCAAUGUGCCCAGUGUCGAUGACUUCCAACGCAAGCUGGAGCACGACCAGACUGAGCUGGGCGUCGAGUUGGGUGACCAGGUGUUUGCAUCGUAUAUCACCGAGAACAGACUGGCCCGCGAGAUCAUCGCCAUAUUGCCAACAGUGUUCUUUGUCAUGGCCAUCUCAUACUUCUCCAAGAGUAUUGGCAGCAUUCUGGGCAAAGGUCCAAGCAGUCUGUUUGCACCAAAGUCCAAGGCCACACGUGGACAAUCGACCACCACAUUCAAGGACGUGGCCGGCAUGGAUGAGGCCAAAGAGGAGAUCAUGGAGUUUGUCGCAUUCUUGAAGAAACCAGAGAAGUACAAACGACUCGGCGCCAAGAUCCCCAAGGGCGCCAUCCUUGUCGGACCGCCAGGCACGGGUAAGACCCUGCUGGCCAAGGCCACGGCUGGCGAGUCUGGCGUGCCAUUCUUCACCAUCUCUGGCUCAGACUUUAUCGAGAUGUUUGUUGGUGUUGGUCCAUCCCGUGUGCGAGAGUUGUUCAAGGAGGCGCGAGCCAGUGCGCCAUGCAUCAUCUUUAUUGAUGAGAUUGACGCGGUGGGCAGAUCACGUUCGCGUGGAGGAUUUCAUAAUGACGAGAGAGAGAACACACUCAACCAGCUGCUAGUGGAGAUGGAUGGCUUUGGCACAACUGAGGGCGUUGUUGUGUUUGCUGGUACCAAUCGACCAGAUGUGCUCGACUCGGCCUUGCUGCGACCAGGUCGCUUUGACAGAACGAUCUACGUGGGCGAGCCCGACAUCAAAGGACGCAAGGACAUCUUCAUGGUACAUCUCAAGAACAUCAAGAUCGAGGACAAAAUGGAAGAUCUUGCCAAGCGACUGGCGACACUCACACCGGGCUUCUCUGGUGCCGACAUUGCCAACGUCUGCAAUGAGGGCGCUCUGAUUGCCGCGAGAAAGAACGCGACUGUUGCAUCGUUCAAGCACUUUGAAGAGGCGAUUGAGAGAGUGUUGGUGGGACUGGAGCGAAAGAAUAGAGUCCUGUCUAAAGAGGAGAGGAUCAUUGUGGCGCAUCAUGAGGCUGGACAUGCCAUCGUAGGAUGGUUCCUGGAGCAUACCGACCCAUUGCUCAAGGUAUCCAUCGUGCCGCGUGGCAUGGGCACCCUUGGCUUUGCGCAGUACCAGCCAAAGGACCAGUAUCUCUACACCCGUGAGCAGUUGUCCGAUCGCAUCUGUGUCACGCUGGGUGGUCGUGUAGCCGAAUCAAUCAUCUUUGGCCGCAUAUCCACUGGUGCCCAAGAUGACUUGGAAAAGGUCACCAAGAUUGCCUCGUCCAAGGUCGUCCACUAUGGUAUGAACGAGCGAGUUGGUGUCAUAUCAUUCAAGAAGGAGAACAAUAAUGACAUCACCAUCGAGAAGCCCUAUAGCCAGGCAACAUCCAGAAUGAUCGACGAGGAGAUCAGAAAGAUUGUGAUGGAGUCCUACGACAGGACACACGCCCUUCUCACCAGCAAGAAGGAUGAGUUGCUCAAGGUUGCCGCCGUACUGCUAGAAAAGGAGGUGUUGCUCCGCGAUGACCUUAGAGAGUUGCUUGGACCAAGACCAUAUGGAGAGAAGACUACAUGGGCAGAGUUGACCGGUGAGACUGAGACACCACCAUCACCAUCACCAUCGUCGUCAUCAUCAUCAUCAUCAACAACGACAAGUGGAGACAACAAUGUGGAAUCACCAAAGGUCUUGGUAGGUUGA